AUGGGAGACGUCGAUGAAGAACUCGGUCGGCUACUUGGCCUCGAUGUUCCAGUGGGCGCUGCUGCGGCUUCGUUGGCUCAGCCGUCGGUGGCCCUGUUCGCGGGACAGAGAUGGGCCAAGCGGGAACUGUCGGUGAUGGUGGCGGCUUUGAGGCAAGUCAUUGCGGGGGGUCAGAUGUCGUCGCCCACGCCGGGAGAUGCCACCACCGGCGGGGAAAGGGAGCCGUUGCCGGAGAGUGGGCCGGCUAGGAAAUACCAUCGAGCAGUCAGCGAUCGACCACCAGCCGCAGCGGUGGCGUCGGCCAGCAUAGCGAGUAAUAUUCCAUCUCCGGCGAAAGCAGAAGGAGGAGGAGGGCCAAGGAAGUACAGAGGAGUCCGGCAGCGGCCGUGGGGGAAAUGGGCGGCGGAAAUAAGAGACCCUCGGAAGGCGGCGCGCGUGUGGCUAGGAACCUUCGAGACGGCCGAGGGCGCCGCCCGGGCCUACGACGCGGCCGCCUUCGGCUUCAGGGGCAGCAGGGCGAAGCUCAACUUCCCGGAGGACGCCCACCUCCUCCCUCCGACUGGCACCGCUCCUCCGAAACCAGCCUGCAGCUAGGUAUGCUCCUCCACAGAGGAUGUCGAUGAUGUCAUUGCCACUGGCGCCAAAAUCAGCUCAUCCCGAGGAUCUUCCUCAGAAUAGCAGCCGUUAAUUAGUUAGUUGCUCGAUCUCCUUCGGCCUCUCUGUUUUUUUUCCCUUUUUUGUUUUCAAUCAUUGUCGUCGUCGUCCUCGUUUACUUGUACGAUUAUGUCUUUGGAGGA